AUGAAAUCCGCUUUUUGUGUCUUCUUCGGUUUUCUUCCUUGUUUUUCCAUCGGUACCGGUAACGCGUUGUCAGUUCCGUCUCGGUUCGAUGAAGAACGCGGGCAUGUUGUUCUUGAAACGAGAACUGAAGAUUCGAAUGCCGACGGAAGCAGCAGAUUCCAGUCAGGAAGUAGUGAGCUCUCACAGCAUAUGCAAAUUUUCGGGACCCACUCCACCGAAAUCGAAAACAAAAAGAGAGGUCAUCUAGUUGCUUUUCAAGCAGGUGUAGAUUUGGGGCUUUAUAUCCAGAACUCAUAUCCAAUUGACGCAAAAGAGGAGAGCACUUUGGAAACAGAGCGACGAAGAAUGGAAGCAAACGAGCUCCGUUUGGAUGAAGGAGAGAGUGUGACCAGUUACGACAGCGAAGCGCAACUCAAACAAAGUGAAUCCCCGGAGAACAAUCUAAUUCAAGAGGAAAAUGAAGAUCUAGACGAGGCCAGAGAAAAUACAGACUUAAGUGGGCCCGACGAAUUUAUGGAUUUGAUCGAGCCGGAAGAGUUGGACCAUGAAAACGUACCAAAGGAAUUUGAGGAUUUACCUAUGCCAGAGGAGGAUGAGAACUUAUCUGAGCCUAUUGAAAUUGAAGACUUGACAAAGGUAGAAGACAAAGAAUCAAUCGAACCAGAGGCAAACAUGCCUGAUGCAACUGAUGCACCAAGUGGUAGCCUUCCCGCCGCGAACACUAUGGAACAAAGAGAAUCUAAAAUUGAUGCAAAUGCUACAGCAUCACCUUUUGUAGGGAAUCCCGAAGUUGACAAAACAAAUUCCCCGACACAAGAGACAGGAGUCCUAAAUGACUACAAGAGCUCUGCUCCUUCAGUCUUCCCCAUUAAUGAUGCUAAAAUGACAAGAUGGCCGACAUUUUCUCCGUCGGUAGACGCAUCGCUAGAACUCCCAACUAAAGGCAAUGGAGAAAGCGACGUGGCUAUUCCGGUCGGUAGUAACCAAAACCAGGACUCUUCCAGACCUACAGAGAAUAGGGACUUUAAAUGGCCGCACGAACCCAACGAGCAGUAUGAAGCCCCGGAUUACGAUCCGAUCAUCGAUGGGGACAAAGAAAACCUUGGCAACGAGGAGCCAUCGACUGAAGAUCCCUUCAAACGCGCGGAAGUGCAGGCUCACGCAAUCAUCGAGGAUAAAAACGCUGUUGUCGUGGCUACAGUCCUAAGCGUCACUGGUUUCAUAUUCAUGGUGUUCAUUGCUCAGCAAAUGAUUGAAAACCCCGACGGCUGUUGUGCCUCUAUUUGCCGGUGUAUGAUUGGAUGUCUACGCCUCUUGUGUUGGCCGUGUCGGGCGGUAUGCGGCUGUGGGAAUAGGGCAAAGGCCCGCCGCACGCAUAAUUUGAUUGUGAAUGACAACAAUAGCUAUGGAUAUUCACACGAUCUAGAACUUACCUGA